CAACCAUACUUAACCAUACUGGUGCUCAGUAGUAGAAAAGGGACUUGGCCCUGGGCACGGAUCAGUCACCAUGCAGGAGUUUGAUAUCAUAGUGUUGGGUACAGGACUGAAGGUAAGAGAAACUCUCACAUUCCCUCACACACAUUUUUACCAAAGUUCUGCUCUCUGAACUACCCAAUAAAGAUACCAUAAAGACUUAAUACUAUAAAAACACUUACGAUUGUAAGCGUGGCAAUGUCUUAAUAUGUAGGGGGAAAUGUAGAAAUGAUUAAUGUGUAUCUUGGUGUUUAAUGUGUAUCAUGGACUAUACUUGCCAGGUUUUUAGUCAGAGUUUGAGUAUAGAAGAUCAACAGUGAAUUCUAUCAACAUGAAAGAAUAAAGUAAUGGAAGUCAGAGAAUUUAGAGAGGAGGUACAUAGAACAGUAUUAUUAUUAUAUACAGUCGCUUAUGAAAGUCUACACACCCCUUGCACAGUCUUCACAUUUGGCUGCCUUAAAAUAAAAUCUAAAAAGGAUUACAUUUUUUUUUCAAUACUAUGAUCUACACAACGGACUUCACAUUUUCAAAGUGAAACAAAGAUUUUACCAACCUUGUACAACUCCUGGAAACAUACAGGUAACUCCCAAAAUAAAGGAAACACCAGUAAAUUAGGAAAACAAAGUACAUUGAAAGCAGGUGCUUCCACAUAUGUGUGGUUUUCUGAUUUAAUUAAGCAAUGAACAUCCCAUCACACUUAGGGUAAUGUAUAAAAAUGUCCAGUUGCCCAUUAUUUUGGCUACCAUGGCUAGAAGAAGAGAUCUCAGUGACUUUGAUAGUGGGGUCUCCAAGGCAACCUGGACUCAGGGGUAGACGUAACAUAGUAAAUGUAAAUACCGUACACUAUAAUUAGUAUUAUAUGUUUCGUAUGGUAUGUAUUAAUUUGUGGAUGUCAUUCAUCCAUUUCAUACGAUAUGUUACGAAUUUAAAUUCGUACGAUAUGUUACAAAUUUGCAAAAUGUAUAUGUUAUGAAUUCCAUAUUGUUGUGGCUAACGUUAGCUAGGCUAGGGAUUAGGGGUUAAGGUUAGUGUUAAUGUUAGGAGUUAGGUUAAAGGGUUAAGGUUAGGGGAAGGGUUAGCUAACAUACUAAGUAGUUGCAAAGUAGCUAACAAAUAGUAAGUAGUUGCUAAAAUGUAAAUGUUGUCCAUGCAACCUUUGGGUAGCUAGACAUUCGCGUUAUAUGCCUACCCAUCCACCCCGACCAACUACACUACUUUAGUUUUUGCCUUAAGUAACCUUUUUUCUUAUGUAACCAUACCAAACGUAACAUAUCAUACUAAUUUGAGUGUCCCGGAAUCGGAUUUACUUUUACUAUGUUACGUCUAGUCUGAGACCAGGCUGGCAUUUGCGUAUGCACCACUAAAUCUCAACCCAAUUGAACACUUAUUGGAGAUUCAGGAGCGGCGCCUGAACAGCGUUUCCACCACCAUCAACAAAAUACCAAAUGAUGGAAUUUCUAGUGGAAGAAUGGUAUCGCAUCCCUUCAAUAGUCCAAUAGACAGUAGAAUAUAUGCUUGUGGUGGCCUAAUACAUAUCUCUCCCUGUACUAAAAACAUAUGUGGAUGUUUCUGGAGUGUGAGUGCUAUAUAUUUCAAAAUAGAGCGAAGCUUUAAAUAAAUAGUGUCGUUCAAAAUGAUGACACAAUGUAUAGAUGUUUGAAGUAGCACUUGCUUUGAACAAAUGUCUCGUGGACAUACUAUCCAUUGUUUUUGUCCAAAUUGCUCAAGCUAGGUACAUUUGGUUGGCAAUCUUUUAUGGACAACAAUAUUCGAACCUUGUCUCUGAAUCUUCAAGCAGAUUUAAGUCAGGACUGAAACUGGACCAGUCAGAAACACUCAACACCAUUCUGGUGUGUCUUUGGCAUUUUAAUUUGUAUAAUUCUCCCACGGAAAAAUACAAUGCUAUCGCAGGGUUAGGUUUUCAGAAGACUGAGGCGGGUUUUCCUCUAACUUUUUACAUGGGAUUUUGCUCCUUUCAUAAUUAUUUUGAUCCUAAUUAUACCCUUAACAUGAUGCUGCCACCACAAUACUUGAAAAUACAAAUGGAUCAACAACACUGAAUUCACUCCACAUUCCCAACCAAAUUUACUGAGCUUAAGCAAUUUUGACAAAAACAAUGGAUACAUGUUGCCCUAAGAGUUGUGUAAAGUUGGUAGAAUCUUAUUCAAAAUGGUUCACAGCUGUAAUGGUUGCAAAGGUGCUUCCACCAAGUAUUAACUCUGGGGAGUGAAGACCUACACAAUCAAGAGUCCAUAACUUUCUUAACUUUGAAAAUGUGGAGUAGGUGGUGUAGAUCUGUAGGAAAAACAUAAAAUGUAAUCCCUUUUUAGAUUGAAUUUUAAGGCACCGCAAUGUGAAGAAGGGUGUGUAGACUUUCACUAAACACUGUAUAUUUAUGGUACCAUGGACAAAGUAAAGAUGAUUAAAUAUAAUACCUACUACUAGCUGUCACAUUUCUUUCAAAUGUAAUAUUUUACUUCAGUUCAUUGAUUGUAUUACUUAGCUUUGAUCAUAUUCCAUGCAUGUGUUUCAUGUGUACUUUCUAUAAUGUCAAGUGUAAAAAAUGUGUAUUAAUUCAUUAACCUACACAAACACACACAAGCACACAGGUGAUCCCUGGGCUCUCGAAGAAUGUUUAAAGCCUUGCAGGCUGUCUAAGGGAUUAGAUUCAUCAUUUAGCUGUCUACUGGAGCACAGGUUGCCUAGCAGUUAAGAGCAAUGGGCCAGUAACCAGAAAGUCACUGGUUUGAAUCCCAGAGCCAACCAGGUGAAAAAUCUGUCGAUGUGCCCUUGAGCAAGGCACUUAACUCUAAUUGCUCUGGAUAUGAAUAGCACUGACUCUAUCUCCCUCAGGAAUGUAUUCUCUCUGGCUUGAUGUCAGUGGGUGGGAAGAAGGUUCUUCACAUUGACCGCAACCCUUACUAUGGUGGAGAGAGUGCCUCUAUCUCCCCCCUAGAAGAGGUCUGUAUGAACACAUGCACAAACAUACAAACAUACAAAACACUGAAGGGUUAUUGUAUAUUGUUUAUGAGAGUGGCUGUAUUUUGUAGCUAUACAGGAGGUUUCAGGUUCCAGGUCCAGCUAAGCCGAUGGGACGUGGGAGGGACUGGAAUGUGGACCUUAUUCCCAAAUUUCUACUUGCCAGUGGUGAGGACUAUGAUUAAUAUUAUGUUCAUCUGUCUUGUCAUCAUACGUCUAAUAUGAAUGUGAACGUGUUUAACUGUGUGUCAGGGUCAGAGUUCAUUCUUAUUGUGUUAACCUGUGUUUGUGUGUUUUUGUUCAGGUCAGCUGGUUAAAAUGCUGGUGUACACCGAGGUAACUCGAUAUCUGGACUUUAAGGUGGUGGAGGGCAGCUAUGUGUACAGGGCAGGUAAAGUCCACAAGGUCCCUUCAACCGAGGCAGAAGCCCUAGCUUCAGGUAAUGCACACCCAUCAAAAUAAACAAUAUUUGUAACUUACAAAUCCCUUGUUUCCGAAUCAUUGAUUCUAAACAAAGGAUUGCCACAUAACAGUCAAAGCCAACUGAAAUCCAUGGACAUGACAAAUGGAUUAACUUGAUUUCAUAUACAUACAAUCAUUCAAAGUCUCAAACUGUGGAUGUAACAUGGUGUGUGUUUCAGAUCUGAUGGGGAUGUUUGACAAGCGCAGGUUCAGGAAGCUUCUUCUGUUCAUCCUGAACUUUGAGGAGAGAGACCCGCGGACCUACCAGGACAUGGACCCCAACAGGACCAGCAUGAGGGAGCUGUUCCGCCACUUCGACCUGGGACCAGACAUCAUGGAGUUCACUGGCCAUGCCCUGGCCCUGUACCGCAGUGACGAGUCAGUACAAAUAUUACACAGACAGUCAGAAAGACAGGCAGACACACACACACACACACACACACACACACCUAUCUCAAUGGUUGUGUCCCUGCCUCCACAGUUACUUGGACCAGCCGUGCAUCCAGACCAUCAGACGGAUCAAGCUGUAUUCUGAGUCUAUGGCUCGGUAUAACUUUAGUCCCUACCUCUAUCCACUGUAUGGGCUAGGGGAACUACCCCAGGGCUUUGCCAGGUAACACAAACACACUCAUAAAGGCACUCAAGAAUGCAUAAAUACAUUAACUUCACGUUUUUUUAAUGGUAUUGUACAUGGCCGCAACGUAAACCCUUACUAUUCCUGUGUGUCUCAGGUUAAGUGCAGUGCAUGGAGGGUCCUACAUGUUAAACAGAGGAGUGGAGGAGAUUGUGAUGGACAAGGGCAAAGUGGUAGCAGUGAAAUCUGAGGGAGCGGUGAGUGGCUGGUGAAGUAGAGAGUAGAGAAGAGAGAGCGAGAGAGUUGAAGAGGGAAUUAAUUAAUGAAUGAGAAAUGAUAGAGCAUGAACAGGAACAUGGGCUGAAUAUCAGUGUAGUAAAUUAGUAGUUGGACCUAAUCUUUCUAUCUUCUUUCACUUCCUCUUUGCGAAGCUGUUCCGCUGUAAACAGCUGAUCUGUGACCCCAGCUACGUGCCCAACAGGGUGAAGAAGGUGGGCCGGGUCAUACGGGUCAUCUGUUUACUGAAUCAUCCAAUCAAAAACACCCACGAUGCCAACUCCUGUCAAAUCAUUAUCCCUCAAACACAAGUCCACAGGAAAUCAGGUAUGACAUCACAGAUAGACCAGAUAUACACAAGAAGUUAGACAAAGGCCUACGACCCCAUGUACCAAACAGGUUAAAUAUGAUUGCAAUAUUUUAGCCUUGGGAUGAAUCAUAACGUGACCCUCUUUGUUUUUCAGACAUCUACGUAUGUAUGGUGUCCUACGCCCACAACGUGGCAUCAGAGGGGAUGUAUAUCGCUAUGGUGAGCACCACUGUAGAGACCAGUAACCCAGAGAAGGAGGUGCAGCCUGGGUUAGAACUUCUAGAGCCUAUUCAGCAGAAGUAAGUUCCACACAACCUACUGCAGACUGUUGCAUCCAGAGCCAUAUGUAUAUUGUAAUGAUGCAAGGCUAAUUUCAUACAUACAAAAAAAGUUAACUAAAGACUGAAUGUGAUUGAUCUACAGAUUUGUUUCUAUCAGCAACAUGAUGGUCCCCAUUGAUGAUGGAAGGAACAGUCAGGUAAGGGUCAAGACCUUCAAUAUAUUGUUGCACCGUUAACCUCACAACUAACGACCUCACCGAGAUGUUCAGAUCACUUGGUGUAAUGGCUAAGGUGUUGGGAUUACAGGCACUGGAUCUGGGUUCAAGUUCCAGUUGAGGCUACCCACUGAAUUCACUGUAAUAUAUAUACAUGUAUUCAUAUUUCUUGGCCAUUGGGUUGUACCAGGAUUAUACAUUGUGGAGUCUCCAGUUUUGUUCAUUGUGAUCCUAUCUCCCUUUUUCAGAUCUUUGUGUCUCGCUCCUAUGAUGCCACGACACACUUUGAGACUGAGUGUGAGGACAUCAAGGAUGUGUAUCGCCGCAUCACAGGAUCAGAAUUCAUCUUUGGUGACUUACGCAGAAACUGUAGUAGUAGUGGUGGUGGUGAUGAUGAU